AGGCCUGACAUUACAGAGCAGUGUAAGCCUUUUCCUUCUAGCCUUGUUUUCCUAGAGCUUCUAGGAUCAACCCACAGCAGGAUUUUUCUUUGAAUUCCCUCAUAUUUCCACGAGCACUCUCCUCUUUCUUUCCCAAACUCUUCUACAAUCCUCUCCUCCCGCCUUCCAACCCACAGCAGGAUUUUUUUUUUAAACCUAAGAUCUUCCUGUUAUAGCCCAAGAAUCAAAAUCCAUCAAGUUUCAAGCUUUUAUUGAAGCAGCAAGUUGUUAUAUUUCUCCAAAACUUAAAACACAAAAAUGGGUGUUGGAGGUACCUUGCAAUACUUCUCUGGCUUGUUGGGCAAUGGCAACAGGCACCACGGGCGAAUCCAUAAAAGGAAACAGCGGCAGACUGUGGAGCUCAAGGUCAGGAUGGACUGUGAAGGCUGUGAGCUCAGAGUGAAAAAGGCUCUUUCUUCAAUGAGUGGAGUCGAAUCUGUGGACAUAAAUAUGAAACAACAGAAGGUGACUGUGAUUGGCUAUGUGGAGCCAAACAAGGUACUGAAGAAGGUCCAAGACACAGGCAAAAGGGCUGAGAUUUGGCCUUAUGUUGCUUACAACCUUGUGUCACAACCCUACGGUACGCAGGCCUAUGACAAGAAGGCCCCUCCUGGUUUUGUUAGGAUAGUGGAGACUUCUGCCCAGAACAGCGCUGUAGCAGCUAGGCGAGAUGAUCAGUACAACAUGUUCAGUGAUGAUAACCCAAAUGCAUGUUCCAUCAUGUAGAAGUUUUUCGAUGAGAGAAGAUGGAAGCCAUGGUCUACAACCCCUCCAUCUUUUAAUGCAUGUCAUCCCUUUUGGUUUUUCUACUUCUGGUACUAAAAAUGGUUCUUGUACUAUUCCAAUACCAAAAAGUAGGUGGAAGGAGUUUAUCUAUAAAAAAAAAUGGGGUCUAAAUAUCAUUUUCUUAGGAAAAGAAAAUCAUGGGUUUUUCUCUUCAGCUACAUCUGAUCAGUUCCCCAUCCCACCACUGUAAAAAAAUCAAAUGUACUUUUGUUGGUUUUUGAUAAUAGAAGCAGAGAGAUUUGAAUGAGUUGCUUUGAUCACGAGUUCUGUUUUUUAUUUUUAAUUUUCUUAUUGGAGAGCUGGUGGUUUAUGAUUCACAGAUCUAGAAAUGUAUUGAUGUACUGUUUGAAAAUUAGUGUGGGUUGUUAUGGGACAGCUACUUUUUUUUUUUUU